AAAACUUGUCACACACAUGUUUAGCAGAUGUUAAUGUGAGUGUAGCUAAAUGCGUGUUCUUCUAGUUCUGACAGUGCAGUAAUAUCUAACAAUUCCCCAACUACCUAAUACAUGCAUCUAAAGGGGUGAAUGAGAAUAUGUACAGUUGAAGUCGGAAGUUUACAAAUGCAGUAACUCAGUCCUAGUAAAAAUGCCCUGUCUUGGGUCAGUUAGGAUCACCACUUUAUUUUAAGAAUGUGAAAUGUCUGAAGAAUAGUAGAGAAUGAUUUAUUUAUUUCAUCACAUCCCCAGUGGGUCAGAAGUUUACAUGCACUCAAUUUGUAUUUGGUAGCAUUGCCUUUACAUUUUUGGGUCAAAUGUUUCGGGUAGCCUUCCACAAGCUUCCCACAAUAAGUUAGGUGAAUUCUGGCCCAUUCCUUCUGACAGAGCUGGUGUAACUGAGUCAGGUUUGCAGGCCUCCUUGCUUGCACACGCUUUUUCAGUUCUGCCCACAAAUUUUCUAUAGGAUUGAGGUCAGGGCUUUGUUAUGGCCACUCCAAUACCUUGACUUUGUUGUCCUUAAGCCAUUUUGCCACAACUUUGGAAGUUUGCUUGGGCUCAUUGUCCAUUUGGAAGACAUAUUUGCGACCAAGCUUAAAUUUCCUGACUGAUGCCUUGAGAUGUUGCUUCAAUAUAUCCACAUAAUUUCGUUCCCUCAUGACGCAAUCUAUUUUGUGAUGUACACCAGUCCCUCCUGCAGCAAAGCAUCCCCACAACAUGAUGCUGCCACCCCCGUGCUUCACAGUUGGGAUGGUGCUCUUUGGCUUGCAAGCUUCCGCCUUUUUCCUCCUAACAUAACGAUGGCCAUUAUGGACAAACAGUUCUAUGUUUGUUUCAUCUGACCAGAGGACAUUUCUUAAGUAUGGUCUUUGUCCCCAUGUGCAGUUGCCAACUGGCUUUUUUUAUGGUGGUUUUGGAGCAGUGGCUUCUUCCUUGCUGAGUGGCCUUUCAGGUUAUGUCGCUAUAGGACUCGUUUUACUGUGGAUAUAGAUACUUUUGUACCUGUUUCCUCCAGCAUCUUCACAAGGUCCUUUGCUGUUCUGGGAUUGAUUUGCACUUUUCGCACUAAAGUACGUUCCUCUCUAGGAGACAAUGCGUCUCCUGAGCGGUAUGAUGGCUGCGUGGUCCCAUGGUGUUUAUACUUGUGUACUAUUGUUUGUACAGAUGAAUGUGGUACCUUCAGGCGUUUGGAAAUUGCUCCCAAGGAUGAACCAGACUUGUGGAGGUCUACAAUUGUUUUUCUGAUGUCUUGGCUGAUUUAUUUUGAUGAGGCACUGAGUUGGAAGGUAGGCCUUAAUACCUCCAAUUGACUCAAAUUAUGCCAAUUGACAUAAUUUAUCAGAAGCUUCUAAAGCAUGACAUUUUUUGGUUAUUUCCAAGCUGUAAACAAUUGUUGGAAUAAUUACUUGUGUCAUGCACAAAGUAGAUGUCCUAACCGACUUGCCAAAACUAUAGUUUGUCAACCACGCCACAAAUGUCUUGUUAACAAACAAGUUUUAAUGACUCCAACCUAAGUGCAUGUAAACUUCCGACUUCAACUGUAUAUGGAUGGCUGAGUGGCAAGGUGUAAUAGAUGGUAUAAAAUUCUGUAUAUUCAUGUGAUAUGAGUAAGGGAUGUUAACAUUAUUUAGAAUGCAUUGUAUGAAGUGACUAGUGAUCUGUUAAAGUAGCCAAUGACUUCUCUAUGGAGGCAGCAGCCUCUGAGUUGGUGAUUGCUGUUUGGCCUUGAGAGCUGUUUUCCAGUCUCUUGGUCCCAGCUAUGAUGCACCUGUACUGACCUCGCCUUCUGGAUGGUAGCGGGGUGAACAGACAGUGGGUCAGGUGGUUGUCCUUGAACUUUUUGUUCUUCCUUUGACAUAUGGUGCUGUCAGUGUCAUGGAGUGCAGGUAGUUUGCCCCCGGUGAUGCGUUGUGCAGACCGCACCACCCUCUGGAUAGCUUUGCGGUUGAUGGCGGCGCAGUUGCCGUACCAGGCUGUGAUGCAGCCCGACAGGAUGCUUUCGCUUGUGCGUCUGUAAAAUGAGUAGGUGUGUCAACGUUUGACUGGUACUAUAGUUGUCUUCUGAACUUCUGUGUUAGGUGUCCAGGUGAGGUUUGAGUCAAGUAUAGUGCCAUAGUUUAAUACAAAGAGCAAAUUGAAAUGCUAUGUAUGUGGAUGGUCCCCAUGUCUCUUGCAGAUCUGGGCCCGGUUUCCUGAUAGUUCCAUCGCUAUUUUUAGCAAUGCAUCUGUCCUACAACAGCCGAAGACGUAACAUGCGUUUCCCGAAAACACCACGCAGUCAGAACGUUCUAUUCCAGUCUACGAUGGAGAUUGACAGUCUAAUGAACCAGGAGUUUGUCAGUGUCUGGGUCCAGGAGCCACAAUUCCACAAAGAUGACUUCUGGCACACGCACGUUGACUAUGAGAUCUGUUUACAUACCAAUAGCAUGUGUUUUAGGAAGAAGACUUCCUGUGUGCGGAGGCGAUACAGUGAGUUUGUUUGGCUCCGGCAGCGUCUGCAGGACAACACUAUGCUCAUAGAGUUGCCCAAACUGCCUCCCUGGAACCCUUUCUUCAGUCUGAAAAACCCCUACAAGGUCAACCAGAGGAUGAAUGGCCUGCGGGAGUUUCUACAGAUUAUCCUCCAGGACCCCCUGCUGCUGUCUGACAGUAGAGUGCACCUGUUCCUCCAAUCCCAGCUGAGCAUGACCAAGAUGGAGGCGUGUGUCUCGGGACAGACACGCUACACAGUGGCACAGGCCAUCCAGAUGUGUAGCGACUGUCACCGCACACGCUUCCCCAUAGAGAAGGGCAGCAAGGUGUACUUCAACUCAGACUGCGAAAGCCUCACCAGCACCACGUCAAGUCUGGGCCACAGCCAUGACUCGGGGGUCCCCCAGAGCCCCAGCCUUCUACCCUUUGACUGCAGCACCUGUGAAAAUUCUGACGGCAAAAUUCGCAUCCGGGAUGAGGGAUUCUUCAGCAGUCUGUCAGAGUCGUCGUGUGACCAGGAACACAUGGAGCCCUGACACACCACUUCCACACGCACAAAGGGGCUGUUUCCCGGACAAAGAUUAAGCCUAGCCCUGGACUAAAAAGCACUUAAUCUUUGUUCGGGAAACCACUCAAAAGACUGUUUCCUACGGUUCCUGAUGCGCUUCUCAAACCUGAUUAACUGGCGGCGUAGAAAGGUAUUUUUAUGUGGUUCUGUUGGAAUUCUCUCUGCGUCCCCAUCCGGCUUUUUAAAAUGACUGAGCUAUGUUUUCUUAAAGGAUAUUUUAUUAUAUUGACAUACCCUCUAUUGCGGCCCGGCUGGUGUUGCUAGUGAAUGAGUCUUGUCCAAAACAGAACGGUGUCUUAAUGCAAUAUCUCAUUCUUGAUCUCUAACUUGUGCCUUAUAUUUUUUUCCUUUUUAUGUGAAUCAGUUUACCUGCAAUCAUACUGGGAAAGAUUCUUAAAUUAUACUUUUCUUAAAAUUGUAUUUGCACGAUUUAAACUGUACUCUAAGGUUAGCAAUAGUGUUUUAUAGGCUCACUUUAUACAAAUUUAUUUUUUAUUUUUAUCUUAAGUAUUCCAAGUAUCAAAUCUUUUAUUUUUAAGAACUAACUUGAUGGUUUAUUGACUUGGUGGUUGGUGCCCUUUGAAAUCCUGGAAUGUCCAAGUAAUUUUUGUUGAAAUGUGCUUUGGUUUCUUGUCCUUCUUGUUCAGGUUAUCCCUGGGCUUUCCUUCAGCAUUAACUUCAGUAGGUUUAGAAGAGGCUGGUGGGAAGUGCUGUAGGACAGACUUAUCGUAAUGGCUGCAAUGGUAUCAAACAUAUGGAAACCACAUUUGACUAUUCCAUUCCAGCCAUGACAACGAGCCUGUCCUCUUAUAGCUCCUCCCACCAGCCUCUGGCCUAGAUGUCUUCUGUUAUGAGUGACGAUCUAUACUGAACAAAAAUAUAAACACAUGUAAAGUGUUGGUCCUAUGAGCUGAAAUAAAAUAUCCCAGAAAUGUUCAA